AUGUUGUACACGACACUACCCGAUAAAUUGAGGGUGCUGACGGAGAAUGGUGAACAGCUGCUCACUAGAUUACAUACUUCAAGAUAUGUGUUGCAGAGUGCAAAGACAAGACCAUUAUUCUUGAAUGAUGAGAAGAUUGGUCGUGCUAUUAAGAACUUGAUGGGCAAGUUCCCAGACUUCCCCGAGCUCGACAAGGUUCAGGGCGCAGAGCUAUUGACGACUCGCGCCAAACAGUACAUCGAGGACUUGGAGCCCCAUUACGAGGCGUUGGUCGACGCCUGCGACUGGAAGGAGGCCGCCUUCCAGCUGCUGCAGGAGAUCGCCGGACACACCGUCGCGCUGAGGUUCACCUCGUCCAUCCAGCUGGCGUCGAUAUUUAUAGAGCUGGUCGUCAUCUACACCAAGCUCCACAUCAUGCUGUCAAACAUCAACGAUCGUCGCGUUGUGAUGGCAGUGUACGCGCGACUCAUCCAGCACCAGCGCUCGCAGGUCGAGCCCAACUAUGCACGCGUCGUCCGCUGGCUCAUUGAGUACAGCGACACGCCCGUCAAGCGCAUCCAGGACGAGUUCAGAGUGCUGAACGACACGAUUGGCACGGUGUUGGCAUCGCUCGAGCCUACCUAUGCCAAGCGUCGCUUCAUCACACAAUUGCGUCGCGACGGUGCACUCAAUCUCAUCCUCAAGCCCGAGGACAUUGCACGUCCCAUUCAAGACCAAUAUCGCACCGACAUGCUAUACGCCUCGCGCAUCCAUCAAUGGAUUCUCUACGGACACCUUGUCGCGCCAGGUACCCUAUCAACGCCCAACUCAAUCGAGCUAGUCAAGUUUGCCUUGUCUGAGGGAUACAACUUGCCCGUCUACAAGGAGAUCUCAUUCGCAGUCCACAAUGAGUACAGCGCUUUGUUCAAGAGUUACAAGAGCAAGACGAUUCAGUUGCAGAAGCAGAAGAAGGUGAUUGCAGAGGCUGCACAGGCCGCUGCACAGGAGUCACAGCGUAAGCAUCAUGAGCGCAGGAUCUACUUGAGACAGGAGCUCGAGGCAAUGUGGAACCUAUUCCGCGACAAGCCAUGUCUAUUGGCGCCCAAGAUCAAUGUGUUGUUGGCGGCGCUGUCGCUGGCCAAGGAGGAGGUGUUCUGGUACUUCCGCCACCUGGACUCGGUGCCACCCGAGAAGGUCAAGAAGUUCCACAACAAACAGAAUGAUAUUCGCGACAGGCGCAUCAGUGCGUUGCUCUACUACAGCUACCACCUGGUCAACUUGGUCAAGGCCAACAGGAAGAUCAUUCAGAGCUACUACAUUGAGUACAUUGCUGGCGCCGACACGCUAGGCAUCGCCAAGGUAGCAGGCACACCCCAGCUCACUCAGGUGCUCAGCCCACAAGCCAACGAGCUGCUCGCGAGCAUUGUAGGCGAGCUGGGUGGAGUGUCGUUGGACGCCUUCAAUCGUGGCACCGAGUUCAACUUCCAGAGCUGGCGCGACAGAUGGUGCAGCCUCGAGUACUUGCUGUUCAACAGCUCAUGUCAACUCAAGGAGUCAGAGUCAUCACAGCUCACCAGCCGUCUCAACCUCAUCUACAUCCACUCGCUGAACGUCGAUCAGCUCGACCAGAUGUUGGAGCAUUACGCCAACAUGUCGGGUCUUUGGUCGUUCAAGGAUGCAGUCACUGCUGCAUUUGACGUGGCCGUGGCCGACUCACUUGACCAACCUUCUCAAUCAAUGAUCUACCUCAGACUGCUGUCGCAGUUCCCACUCGAGGUAGCCACGCCCUACUAUCCCGAGGAGAAGGAGCAAAUUGGAAAGGAGUGUGUUGAGCUCGCCUCCAACUACCUCGCCAAGAUCUCCUCAAGGAUUGUCAACGCGCUGUCCAACGCCGUGGCCAAUCAGUAUCAGAGCAAUGAGGCACAGUUGUCCGAUGUGAACGCAGCCUAUUCAAUGCUCCAGAAGCGCAAGGAGUGGAAGGCACCCAAGGACUUUGUGCCACCAGUCGAACCCGGCUCAGAGUCGAUCCAUCGUGCACGCGUCAACCUCGAGCAACUGCGUCAGACUGAGAAGAACGCAUUCCAGUUGUGUAACGCGCUGAACGAGUUUAUCGACGUUGUUGUAUACGAUCAUGUGUUUGUGCCACGCGAGUUCUUGCGCGAGCGUCUGGGCGCCACGCUCAAGACCUACAUGCGCCACAGCCUUGCGCCGACUGUCCCCACCGACCCGUCGACCAUCAAUCGUCCAUCAAUCAUUGAGCGCCAGCUCAAGGUGUUCCUAGGCGUGCUCGUGAUGGUCGAGAACUACCUCGACAUUGACAUUGGCGACCUGAUCCGUCAGACCCUCCUGACCGAGUUCUACGCCAAGGCCCUCGGCACAUGUGGCCGCAUCGACUGGUUCCCCCAGGGCGACAUUGAGUACGCCGAGGCCGCCAUGCACUCAUUCACCAACUACUACUUUGACUUUAUCGUUAAGCGAUCGUCGCAGCUGGGCAUUGUCUACUCGCCUGGCCGUCUUGGAUUCCUCUCGCGUGCCGGCCUACCACUCAAGGCCGAGGACCACUGCGACUUUGUCGAGAUUAGAGCGUUCACAAACAUGGUCGGACCCUAUGGAGUCAAGCUGGUGGAGCGCGAACUGCUACGCCACGUCCUGACACAGGCCACCGCGCUCAAGGACCUGCUAACGUCAAACUUGGCCGCACUCGAGGAGUACUCUGGCAACUACUACAAGCCCAAGGGCAUCGACACACUCAAGCGAUUCAAACAGGCUGAUCUCGAUAACUUCAUCUCGCGAUCAAUGUCCAUUGGAAACGCGCUCAACCUGCGUGAGAUGAUGCGCGAGGCUGUCUGCGCCAACAACAGCGAGAACAUCCCAUUCAUUCACAAGACAGUCGAAGCAGCCUUUAUGGAGUACAACCGCAACACCUUUAUGUUCCCAGAGUUCCUGGGCGUGGACACGUUGGCCCUGGACUCGGGACUGGACGUCAGCGUCGCCGACCAGUACCUCAAGGUAUUCCUGCGAAAGCUGUGCACAGAGAAUGACAAGCGCGUCUGGGAGCAGCUGCCCGUCAUGUAUGCCGUGUGCUUCAACAGCACUUAUUGGCGCGAUGCCUUCUUCCGCACAUCGAUUGAGGGAUACUCCAACAAUACGCACGUACUCUCCAAGACCAUCAGCGACCUACUCAUUGCCAUUGGUGCCAUCAACAGUCUAUCAGCCAACGAGGCGGACAUUGUUGUCAAUCUUCAACGUUUCCUCGAGAUCUCCUCAAUCCAACUUCUUAGAAUGUUCAAGCCAACUCAGAAGCAUCUACCAAAUGAUCCACCCUCUGUUGUUAUAUUCCUAGAGAAGUUCACUGCUGAUUGUCCAUUGUUGAACAAGGAUAACCUUGAGCAAUACUUGCCAUACACAUUCAUCAGGGACAUGUACAAGUCAAUCUAUGAGGUCAAGCCAAGCAAGCAAAGCGAAGGCGGUUCUGAUUCAAACUUCUAA